GAUCAUAAUAAUUAGGCAUCAUCACUUCAUCCUUGGGGUGGAUCAGGUUGCAUACACUCCCAGGCAGCAUUGAUCCCCGCCCCUCUAAAACGGAAAGCAGCCGAGUCAUUCCGUCUAGUUGCUGAACACCAGGCUGCAAGUCGCAUCCAGUUUGGGGCUAUUUGGGCACAUCUCUCCUCUAGAGCGUCUCCAUCAUGAACUACCUGCGUCGACGACUCUCGGACAGCAAUUUCAUGUCCAACCUGCCCAAUGGCUACAUGACCGAUCUCCAACGCCCCGACCAGCCGCAGCAAAGCCCCGCAGUGUCGCCCGGCCCGGCGGAGAGGCGGCAGUCCCUCAGCCAGCCGCAGGAGCAGCCGCAGCCUCAGCCUCAGCCGCAGCAGCAGCAGCAGCCUGGUGGAGGUGGUGGCUUCUUCUCAUCCAUAUCAAAUGCUGUUAAACAGACCACAGCUGCUGCGGCUGCCACCUUAUCUGAGGCAGCGGACAGGGCAGGAGUCUCCAGCAGUGCCAAGAUGCUCCUGGUUAUCGAUGACCAGCAGACCGACUGGGUGAAGGUCUUCAGAGGAAGAAAGGUCCAUAAUGAAUUUGACAUCAAGGUGGAACAGGCAGACUUCUCUGAAAUCAGCCUGGUGGUGAAUUCCACAGGCACUUACAAUGUGGACAUUGAGGCAAUCAGGAAUGGGCAUAAGGUUACUAAAUCCUUGAAGCCAGACUUUGUGCUGAUCAGACAGCAUGCCUUCAGCAUGGACAAGAAUGGAGACCACCGGAGCAUAGUGAUCGGACUGCAGUAUGCUGGACUGCCAAGUGUUAACUCUUUGCACUCUGUCUACAAUUUCUGUGACAAACCAUGGGUGUUUGCUCAGAUGACUCGACUCUUCAAGCAACUGGGCUCAGAUGAGUUUCCUCUCAUCGAGCAGGUUUACUACCCAAACCACAAGGAAAUGAUUACCUGUCCCCGCUUUCCCGUCGUGGUAAAGAUGGGCCAUGCUCACUCUGGAAUGGGAAAGGUGAAAGUGGACAAUCAAUAUGAUUUUCAAGAUAUUGCCAGUGUUGUGGCACUGACCAAGACUUAUGCCACAUCCGAGCCCUUCAUUGAUGCAAAGUAUGACGUCCGCAUCCAGAAGAUCGGCAACAAUUACAAAGCUUACAUGAGAACAUCAAUUUCUGGCAACUGGAAAACCAACACUGGCUCAUCUAUGCUGGAACAGGUGGCCAUGUCAGAUAAGUACAGACUGUGGGUGGACUCUUGUGCUGAUAUCUUUGGAGGGUUGGAUAUCUGUGCUGUGGAGGCUCUACAUGGUAAAGAUGGCAAGGACUACAUUAUAGAGGUUGAUGACUGUUCGAUGCCACUGAUUGGAGACCAGCAGGACGAGGAUCGUGUUCAGAUUGCAGAGCUGGUUAUUUCUAAGAUGAACCAGGCGGUUCCACGCACUUUGAGCUCUUCCGCAGCAGGACAGCCUGUACAGAAAGCAGUUUCUCCUCAGCCUGUCUCCCAGCCCAAAGUACCACAGGCUCAACAGCGCCCCUCACCUCAGGGUGGUCCUCAGCAAAGUCCCCCAUCUCAGCAGCGCCCACAGCCUCAAGGGCAACCUCCUGCACAGGCCCAGCAAUCUGCUGCGAACCCAGCAACCGGUGACCCCAGUGCUCAGCCACGGCCACCAGGUCAGGGAUCCCCUCAGGGCCAGAGAACUCCUUCUGGUCAGGGCUCUCCUCAGCGAAGCCAGGGAGGUUCACCUCAAGCUCAGAGGCAACAGUCUGUCCCCCUGCAGCAGAAACCUCAACAGAGGCCCGCACAGCCUCCUAGACAGCAGUCAUUGGGGUCAGCGCAGCAACAGAGGGCUCCCGGACAGCCAGGUCGCCCUGGAGGACCCACCACCCAGCAGCCCCGACCUGCUACUCAAGGCCAAGGGGGUCUAGGAGGACGACCCCCACUGCAGCAAAAGCCUCAGCCCCCAAACAAGCCCAGUCAGGACAACCCGGCUAUGAGCGGUUCUCCACAACUAAACAAGUCCCAGUCUCUUACCAAUACCUUCAACAUUCCAGAAACCCCAGCGCCACGAGCCAGCCUUAGCCAGGAUGAGGUGAAGGCUGAAACCAUACGCAAUCUACGCAAAUCUUUUGCCAGUCUCUUCUCAGACUGAGAUGUCAGAAGCCCCCCUCCUCUCCUCCUAUUGACAGACAGAUGGACAGGCAAACUGAAGGGCAGAUUCUCCCAGCGAACAAGGACCAACACGAUCCAAUUUCCGUGCAUUGAUGACCAUGAUGUGAAAAUGUACACACUUGACACCCACUGCCUAAAUAGUUAACACCUUUUAAAAUGAACAAAAAGUAGAAUACACAGUUAAUUUAGGCACCGAUAUCUGAAACAUUCCUUGCCUCGCCUCAAGCUUAUUAAGUCAUCCACUAAUUGUGUUCCGCAAACAAAUCACAGAACAAAGCCUGUAUAUGCAUGGGCUCACAUACACAACGAUGAGAAACUAAACAACAAAAUACUGCUCCCACUUGUUUGUAGGUGCCAUGAAGUCAUUAUGAUCUUUAUGUUGCAUUUUGGUUGGUUAGCCCACCAACUGAAUGAAUAAAGGGACUGUACAAAAAAAGACUGGAGGAGUGUUAAAUCUAAUAUUUUAUUUUAUAAAAAGGCAAGGCCCUCCACAGGGUUUUUCAAUAUUGUUAAAUUUAUAUAUUUAUUCCAAACAUAGCAAAAUAGUGAAAAUACAGCUGUUCUAUUUCUAUUUUUAAACAUAGAACUUGCUAACACGUAUUAUUAUUAUAUCCUCUGCACAUGGAAAAAUACACCUCUAUAGCACACAUGAAAGCCAUCUUUUUAAUUGACUAUUUAUGAACUAUUUUAUCUAUUUUUGUAUAAUUCAUCUCACACAAACAACAUACAAUAUGACCUAGUGUAGAAAUAUGGGGUAAGAUAGAACAACAUAAAAGACCCUUCCCUGCUAUCCCAAAAAAGUAAGACUACACUCUCCUGAGUAAAAAUGACAAUACCCUUUCCUGAUACAUCAAACAUAUUUUUUGUACAGUCCCUAACACAGCACAGCUGCACACAUAGUAUGUCCAGAGUUAACGCUAGAUCUGUUCGAGCUGUUGACUGCUCAUGGUGAUGUCCUAGCUGCAUGUCAACAGGAGGCAAUGGCCGCAUUUUCCAACCCCUGACAUUGGCGCUUGUAACUGUGUCGUCACAUGUAGUUGAAUUAGUUCGUACAGUAACCGUGUAGGUGUCGUGAGAAUGAUGUUGCUGCCACUUUGGUUCACGUUUUUUGUCGCACAAGAACAAAAGCCCCAAAGCGCUCCCCCUUAAAAGCAUGCCUUACACAGACAAGAGCGUCAGAUCAAAUGGAGUUGGCUCAGGGUUUUCCAAUUGAUUGUGACACUAUGUGGGUGAGGGUCUUCCAUUGCAGUUGUAUUGUCCUUGUUUUCUAAUAAUGAAGGAAAAGCAUGCAUUUUAAUGAAGUAGAAUCUUUCUAUUAUUUACGAUGCAUUUUCACACGAAGAAUACUGCAAAAUUAUACAUGAAUACAGUGACACUGACUGAUGUAUGAAGACUUUAUUUUCAGGUUUAUUCGUCUGCCACUUGACAAAGCAACAACUCGGUGUGCCCACCCUGGGGUGCUGCUGUGUGUGUGACAGGUGUGGCACAGAAUGAUACAGCACAUGCAGGCAGGGCUUGCAACAGUGCAGGUACAGUUAGUGAACAAUUUGAUUAUAUGCAGAAAGUUUAAUUUCAUAUUCCCUCGACUCCAAUGCAAAGCAUUGAAAAAAGCUUCUGACUAUAAUCUAGUUUUGGAUUUACAGUAAAUUAGUGGAUUGAGUCAGGUUUUAUUGAGUAUAGCAAUGUUAACUUUUUCUUUGACCAGGCACUAAAAUGUCUUCCAGAAGGAGUGCUUUCCAUUUGAAUGUCAACGUAGUAUGGCAAUAUCAUGCUUUUUAGAGAAGACCCAAUAGCCAAAAGUAUAAAGAAGCCCUGGUUCCCCCUGCAGAUUCUUCUUCUUCUUCUUCUUCCUGCUGCCUGUGUUUUGUGUCGCCACAGUGACCCCUUGUGCUCAAUGGUGCAUACACGUGUGAAUGUCGUUCUGUAACUGGUGGAACCAAAUAGAUGUGUUGUACAGAGGUCUGUUUGGGGGCAGAUUGUCCCCUGUAUCCCCUGCUGCUAUUUGUGCUUGUUGAUAUUAUGUGCGUCUCAUAGUUUCAGUUUCUUUAUUCUGUUUUUAUUUCAACUAUUUUUCUAUGAGGCAGGACUAUCUGGGGCUUGUACGUUUAUGCAUUAGUGGUUCAGAGCUUCAUUUUAAAACUUUACAGGGACUCAGUGUCAGUGCAUUGCUGUCUGAUGUAUUGUGGUACAGUCCAAUGCCAAGAUAAUCAGAAAGAGCAGUUUUGUGUAAUUGUUCCAUUGAGUGCGUCAUUUAUGAAAAUGAGCCAUCAGAAUUAGCAUGGAUGGUUAACUUUGAAAAAUGUCAUACUGUUGCUCAGAGGCCUGUUGGCCAUUAUAGGAUGUACCAUUUGUCAUGGCGCCUCCCGAGACUGACAGGAUGAGCUAUGACAAUAAUGAAAAGAAGACAUUUUAUGUAUUUAUGUUUUGGAUAUUUACAUUCUUUUUAAAAGUUUACAUUAUUUUUGGUGGAUGUAUCUGACUGUGAAUGUACAUUGAUUUAUUUGUGAAUGGUUUUAUUGUUUUUUAUAUGUGUUGUAUUAUCAUUGUAAAAAGAUUACAUCUUUACACAUUUGAGUUAAACUGAUUGUCAGUUAAUGCCUGCCAUAUUUUAAAAUGUACAUCAUAAAUGUAAGUGCAAGAAUCAAAACGUUUUUUAGAUUAAAUUAGAUAUUACAUAAUGUUAAUCAUGGUGGAAUUGAAUUUAAUGUAUAAAAAAAAGUAAUAUUUGAUGUUAUAUGCAAUGUAGUUAUAUUAUGUGAACAUUUAUAUGUUAUUAAAACAUGCACAUCUCUAAUAAAGUCUAUGACCAAC